AUGCAACAGGCUACUACAUGGUGUAUGGAAGGAAGCUCUGCAUGCGGACCACUUCAACACCAAGCUGAGCUUCAGAGACACGCAGACAGGCCAUCUGGGCCAGGACAGGACACCUGCGGUUCCUACGACGCACUUUGUUUACCGACACCAGCUGAGGUUAGAGGAGAGAAACAACAUUAACCCUGCUACAUCCAUAGAAAUAGAAUCUAUCCAUCAUUGACUUGAAUGGGGAGGCCCGAUCUAUAGAUUAUAUUUCUAUGGCUCCAACGCCAUGCUGUAUUAUUGAGGAGAGAGAACAAUACUAACCCCUACUGUGCUCCGACACUAUUCUACUUUGAGAUCAUACAGAGCUUACCUCUAAAGAUGGCUGAAUAAGUUAUUCACUCUCUCAGUAUUAAAUGUUGCAUUCCUCUGCUCAGACGUUGCAUGCAUCAAUCAAUGAUUGCUAGCCACGUCAUAGACUGUGCAAUCGGGCACCAGAUUGCUAUAACAUACACUAUAUAUACAAAAGUAUGUGGACACCCCUUCAAAUUAGUGGAUUCGUCUAUUUCAGCCACAUCCAUUGUUGACAGGUAUAUAAAAUCGAGCACACAGCCAUGCAAUCUCUAUAGACAAUCAUUGGCAGUAGAAUGGCCUUACUGAAGAGCUCAGUGACUUUCAAUGUGGCACCGUCAUAGGAUGCCACCUUUCCAACAAGUCAGUUCGUCAAAUUUCUGCCCUGCUAGAGCUGCCCUGUUCAAUUAUAAGCUCUGUUAUUGUGAAGUGGAAACGUCUAGGAGCAACAACGGCUCAGCUGCGAAGUGGUAGGCGACACAAGCUCACAGAACGGGACCGGCGAGUGCUGAAGUGUAUAAAAAUUGUCUGUCCUCAGUUGCAACACUCACUACCGAGUUCCAAACUGCCUCUGGAAGCAACGUCAGCACAAUAACUGUUCGCCUGGAGCUUCAUGAAAUGGGUUUCCAUGGCCGAGCAGCCACACAAAAGCCUAAGAUCACCAUGCACAAUGCCAAGCGUCAGCUGGAGUGGUGUAAGCUUGCUGCCAUUGGACUCUGGAGCAGUGGAAAUGCGUUCUCUGGAGUGAUGAAUCACGCUUAACCAUCUGGCAGUCUGACGGACUAAUCUGGGUUUGGCGGAUGCCAGGAGAACGCUACCUGGCCGAAUGCAUAGUGCCAACUGUAACGUUUGGUGGAGGAGGAAAAAUGGUCUGGGGCUGUUUUUCAUGCUUCGGACUAUGCCCUUAAGGAAAUCUUAACUCUACAGCAUAUAAUAACAUUCUAGAUGAUUCUGUGCUUCCAACUUUGUGGUAACAGUUUGUGGAAGGAAAUAGUUUGUCAAGAUCGGUGUGGUAGAACUUAACUGGCCUGCACAGAGCCCUGACCUCAACCCCAUCGAACAUCUUUGAGAUGAAUUGGAACGCCGACUGCGAGCCAGGCCUAAUCGCCCAACAUCAGUGCCUGACCUCACUAAUGCUCUUGUGUGGAAAGCCUUCCCAGAAGAGUGGAGGCUGUUAUAGCAGCAAAGGGCGGACCAACUCCAUAUUAAUGCCCAUGAUUUUGGAAUGAGAUGUUCAACGGCAGGUGUCCACAUAUUUUUGGUCGUGUAGUGUAUGAUGUGGUUUAGCUGAUACGUAAAAUACCUAUCCAGGCGUUGUAAGAUCUGGCAGGCGUCAGCAACGUCUGAGUAGAGGAACGCGCCCAAAGCCUUCUAAUUCAUUCCUAUUGGAUGUUGCUAAAUAGUGUGUGUUGUGUGUGUGUGUGUGUGUUUGUGUUCCAGAGCGUCAUGAGGCUCUACGUGGUGGGGUCUCGGGAUGAGACUGUAGAGCUGAGAGGGAUGAGGUAUCAUUCCAUCGACAUUGAGACCUCCGUCAUUCGCUCUCACAAGAGCAUUGCUGAAUGGUGAGGCAUAAACCUCCAUCACAGACCUCGAUAACUGAGUCAGAUUAACACAGAGACACACCUUUGUAACCAGGAAGCAGAUUACCACAGCUGUUAUAUUAAGACAGAUCAAAACAUUAUUUGUGACAGGUCAAAGUUGAUCAGUUCUGUAACCGACCACUGAACCCCUCUGCCUCCCCUGCCUCCCCUUGUCUCUCCCCCCUCAGUGCUGUGUUCACCUGGACCAACCUCCAGGUCGUAGUAAUAGAGCUAUUUGCUGUAGCUGUCUGUUGAAACUGAACCUAACUAUCGGUCUCUUUCUCCCUCUCUGUCUCAGUGUUGUGUUCACAUGGACCAACCUCCUAGUGGUAGUAUUGGAACUGUCUGGAUCGGAGCAGGAGGCCCUGGACCUGGUUCCCCUGGUGACCAACGUGGUUCUGGAGGACCACUACCUGAUUGUGUGGGUGGUGGUGGUGGACCCGGGGGUCAUACCUGGGGUCAGACCCAUCAACUAAAUAGAGAAUGCACCUACAUGACUGCUUCCUGGCUACCAGCUGGAUACAAUAUUUUUUUCCCCUCAUCAAUCUGCACACAAUACCCCAUAAUGACAAAGCAAAAACACAAAAAUGGAAAUAUCAUAUUUACAUAAGUAUUCAGACCCUUUACUCAGUACUUUGUUGAAGCACCUUUGGCAGCGAUUACAGCCUCAAGUCUUCUUGGGUAUGACACUACAUGCUUGGCACACCUGUAUUUAGGGAUUUCCUCCCAUUCUUCUCUGCAGAUCCUCUCAAGGUCUGUCAGGUUGGAUGGGGAGCGUCGCUGCACAGCUAUUUUCAGGUCUCUCCAGAGAUGUUCGAUCGGGUUCAAGUCCAGGCUCUGGCUGGGCCACUCAAGGACAUUCAGAAACUUGUCCCGAAGCCAAUCCUGCGUUGUCUUGGCUGUGUGCUUAGGGUCGUUGUCCUGUUGGAAGGUGAACCUUCGCCCCUAGUCUGAGGUCCUGAGCGCUCUGGAGCAGGUUCUCAUCAAGGAUCUCUCUGUACUUUGCUCCGUUAAUCUUUCCCUCGAUCCUGACUAGUCUCCCAGUCCCUGCCGCUGAAAAACAUCCCAACAGCAUGAUGCUGCCACUACCAUGCUUCACCGUAGGGAUGGUGCCAGGUUUCCUCCAGAGUCUUGGUGGUUCCAAACUUCUCCCAUUUAAGAAUGAUGGAGGCCACUGUGUUCUUGGGGACCUGGAAAUGCUGCAGAAAUGUUUUGGUACCCUUUCCCAGAUCUGUGCCUCGACACAAUCCUGUCUCGGAGCUCUACGGACAAUUCCUUCGACCUCAUGGCUUGGUUUUUGCUCUGACAUGCACUGUCAACUGUGGGACCUUAUAUAGACAGGCGUGUGCCUUUCCAAAUCAUGUCCAAUCAAUUGAAUUUACCACAGGUGGACUCCAAUCAAGUUGUAGAAACAUCUCAAGGAUCAUUAAUGGAAACAGGAUUCACCUGAGCUCCAUUUCGAGUCUCAAAGCAAAGGGUCUGAAUACUUAUGUAAAUGUGACCGACCUCCUUGAUUCGGUCUUAUGUAGCAAAAUUAGAAAUUGUGUUUUUUACAUUGGAUAAAAGUAGAGACUCAGAGCCACAAAAUGGUAUAUUACACACUGCAGUUGAGGAACAAUGGGAAAGUAAUUCGGCUUUGAAAGUUAAUAAACUUGUAAGCCCACUUUUGAGAAAAUGGCCCUUGAAUGUUUUCGUACACCUACUGGAGAGCUCUUCUUUGUCUACACCCAUUCAGCAUCAUUCACACCCUCUUAAGCCACCCAUCUCUUUAAGGAUUCACAUGUAGGCCAUGUGGUAAACACUCGCUAUAUCAAAUAAAAAUCUAAGUUUAUUUGUCACAUGCACAGGAUUCAGAAGGUGUAAACGGUUCAGUGAUAGUACUUCCAUACUUGCAUAGUAGCAAUAUCAAAAACAGGAAGUGUCCAGAUAAAAAUAUUGUAUUCAUACUUUAUCAUUAUUAGAUGACACUUAUCCAACACACUUGUCUAAACUAUUGGGUCAUGUGAAGGAAAUGCUAUAACCACCCCUCACCCACAUCUAGCUAAAUGGAUGGGUCACUAUUGUCUAGACAUGUACACAUGAAAUACAAUUGUUCAUGAAAUACAAUUGAUUGCUGUAGUCAACCUGCUAAUUUGAUGGGGAAUGUAAUAAUCUGGCCGAAGUGGAGUCUUUUGUUUAGACAUGUAGCUAGCUAGCUAAACAAUGAACCGGCUCCAACUCCAACUCAUACUACUACCAAUACAAACAUUGUCAUAGCUGUAGUAUGAAUCUGCAGGUAGCUAAAGCUAACAAACUAGGUUCAAUGUUAACUAACUAACAUUAGGCUAUAACUAGCAAUGCAAAUGGUUUCUGAUUCUAAUAAUAUUACUACACUGAUCAUACACGUAACGUUAGCUAGUGAGCCAGCAAGCUAAUGUUUGCUAGCUAACUAACAGUAUGCUUUAACUUGCAAUAAAAAUGAAUUUCUGACAAAAUUAGAAACGUAUAUCUGGAAAAUGUAGCUAGACUCUUACCCGUAUACAUGGAUGAACACUUCACGGCAGACUGGAACCAUUUACUCCGUUUUGUUUGUAGCUAUAUCUUGUUUGGCCAGCUUUGUGUCAAGUCACUCCGGUUCACACUGACCGUGGCGUGUGUAGAAAGUAGACCAUCACUUUUUCUUACUGAUCUGUUGAUAGCGCCUGCUAAAUUCAGGGCAUCAAUGUUGUUGAGAAAAGUAACAAAACUUUUGUAGUUCUCGAUGGUUAACGUUAUAUCUUUCAAAAACGGCGUGGGAGAAAGGACUGUCAACACAUACUGAACUGCUCACGUUAUAGACAGAAGCGUGCUACAUGGCAGACCAAUCCAAACUCAUCUCCCGGCAUGUCUAGCCCAUAUAUUAUCUCAGCCAAUCAUGGCUAGUGGGAAGGUUCCUGUCUUUUUCCAUGGCUAAACCAACUAGGCUCGUAAUUUAACAAUUUUGUUCGUAUUUAUGGAUGGAAUAUCAGUUUGUUAUUGAGGCACAUGAAAGUUCACAUGUUCCAGAAAGUAUUUCUGCCAAAAAACACAUUUGUUAUUUAUUAUUUUACUUUAUUUAUAGAUUUUCAGAUAUGAGAACAGAAAAACAGUACAACCACAACCCCUCAUUCCCCCAUCAUCCCUCCCUCCCUCCUUCCCUCCCUCCAAUCCACCCACCCACCCACCAAGGCAUCAUACAAGGAUAUCAUAGAAAAGUAAAUUAAAUAGGACAGAAACAGUAAUAGAAACAGUAAUAGAAACAGUAAUAGAAACGAAAAACUAUGGAAAAAGUUCAAUAAAAAUACAAUCGGAAUCAUAAUCAUAGUUUAAUCUUAUCAGCACAAUAUAUGGCCACUAGAACAGACAUGAAUGCUUACCAAAAUAUGCAAGUUAGACUAAGUAAAAGACAGGCACUCCACGUAUUGUAUUAAUCGGGACCAGGUUAAGUCUAACUUUUGUCAGGACCCAUGCACAGUGUACCUAACCUCCUCCAGAGGCAGAGAUGACAUCACCUCCUUAACCCACUGUAUAAAGGAAGGCGGCGUGGUAGCAUUCCGAUCUAGGGGAAGUACCCCAAAAAUGGUAGUGAAUGGGUUGGGGCUAACAGUUGUAUUACACAUACAGUGAGGGAAAAAAGUAUUUGAUCCGCUGCUGAUUUUAUAUGUUUGCCCACUGACAAAGAAAUGAUCAGUCUAUAAUUUUAAUGGUAGGUUUAUUUGAACAGUGAGAGACAGAAUAACAACAAAAAAAUCCAGAAAAACGCAUGUCAAAAAUGUUAUAAAUUGAUUUGCAUUUUUAUGAGGGAAAUAAGUAUUUGACCCCCUCUCAAUCAGAAAGAUUACUGGCUCCCAGGUGUCUUUUAUACAGGUAACGAGCUGAGAUUAGGAGCACACUCUUAAAGGGAGUGCUUCUAAUCUCAGCUUGUUACCUUUAUAAAAGACACCUGUCCACAGAAGCAAUCAAGCAAUCAGAUUCCAAACUCUCCACCAUGGCCAAAACCAAAGAGCUCUCCAAGGAUGUCAGGGACAAGAUUGUAGACCUAUACAAGGCUGGAAUGGGCUACAAGAUCAUCGCCAUGCAGCUUCGUGAGAAGGUGACAACAGUUGGUGCGAUUAUUCGCAAUUGGAAGAAACACAAAAUAACUGUCAAUCUCCCUCUGCCUGGGGCUCCAUGCAAGAUCUCACCUCGUGGAGUUGUAAUGAUCAUGAGAACGGUGAGGAAUCAGCCCAGAACUACACGGGAUGAUCUUGGCAAUGAUCUCAAGGCAGCAGGCAGCUGGGACCAUAGUCACCAAGAAAACAAUUGGCAACACACUACGCCGUGAAGGACUGAAAUCCUGCAGCGCCUGCAAGGUCCCCCUGCUCAAGAAAGCACAUAUACAGGCCUGUCUGAAGUUUGCCAAUGAACAUCUGAAUGAUUCAGAGGAGAACUGGGUGAAAGUCUAGUCGGAUGGCAGAGUGAAGGAAAAGCAGCCACCAAGUGCUCAACAUAUGUGGAACUCCUUCAAGACUGUUGGAAAAGCAUUCCAGGUGAAGCUGUUUGAGAUAAUGCCAAGAGUGUGCAAAGCUGUCGUCAAGGCAAAGGGCUGUCGUCAAGGCAAAGGGCUGGUGGCAUUCCUCCUCCUCCAAACAUGGCGAGUUGAGUUGAUGCCAAAGAGCUCGAUUUUGGUCUCAUCUGACCACAACACUUUCACCCAGUUCUCCUCUGAAUCAUUCAGAUGUUCAUUAGCAAACUUCAGACGGGCCUGUAUAUGUGCUUUCUUGAGCAGGGGGACCUUGCAGGCGCUGCAGGAUUUCAGUCCUUCACGGCGUAUUGUGUAACCAAUUGUUUUCUUGGUGACUAUGGUCCCAGCUGCCUUGAGAUCAUUGCCAAGAUCCUCCCAUGUAGUUCUGGGCUGAUUCCUCACCGUUCUCAUGAUCAUUGCAACUCCACGAUGUGAGAUCUUGCAUGGAGCCCCAGGCCGAGGGAGAUUGACAGUUAUUUUGUGUUUCUUCCAAUUGCGAAUAUUCGCACCAACUGUUGUCACCUUCUCACCAAGCUGCAUGGCGAUGGUCUUGUAGCCCAUUCCAGCCUUGUAUAGGUCUACAAUCUUGUCCCUAACAUCCUUGGAGAGCUCUUUGGUUUUGGCCAUGGUGGAGAGUUUGGAAUCUGAUUGAUUGAUUGCUUCUGUGGACAGGUGUCUUUUAUAAAGGUAACAAGCUGAGAUUAGAAGCACUCCCUUUAAGAGUGUGCUCCUAAUCUCAGCUCGUUACCUGUAUAAAAGACACCUGGGAGCCAGUAAUCUUUCUGAUUGAGAGGGGGUCAAAUACUUAUUUCCCUCAUAAAAAUGCAAAUCAAUUUAUAACAUUUUUGACAUGCGUUUUUCUGGAUUUUUUUGUUGUUAUUCUGUCUCUCACUGUUCAAAUAAACCUACCAUUAAAAUUAUAGACUGAUCAUUUAUUUGUCAGUGGGCAAACGUACAAAAUGAGCAGGGGAUCAAAAAAAUUUUUCCCUCACUGUAUUUGCUGACCAGUAGUAGUGUAAAACAUUGGGAGCUUAGGUCUCUCUAGAUAUACCUUUCUCAUUCGUGGAUUUUACUUAUUCCAAAUGAAGUUGGAAAUGUAGCUGUCCAGUUGUUUGAACAUCGACUUUGGCAGAAAAAUGGGAAUCAUUUGGAAUAAGUACAAAAACCUAGGUAGUACAGUCAUCUUAACAGAAUUAAUGCAACCUGCUAAUGAAAUUGGCAUACCCAAUACCUUCUGCUAACUGAUUAAUGGGGAGGAGCACAUUUUUUGUUAGGUUGAACUUAUAAUCAGAGAAUGUCCCAAAACUUUGUAGCAUGUCCAAGAGAUAGGGUAUAGACUCCACAGGGUUAGAGAUGUAUAAAAUAAGAUUGUUUGCAUAUAAGGACACCUUGUGAGUUAUGUCGCCCCUUAGUAUUCCCUUAAUCCUCUCCUAUGCCCGCAGGGCGAUAGCAAUAGCCAUAUCAAAUAGGAAAGGGGAUAAACAGCAACCUUGCCUGGCCCCCCUGUUGAGAGGGAAGUAGCUGGAGGUAACAUUGUUGGUGCGAACAGAAGCCACUGGGGGCGAGUACAACAUCUUAAUCCAGGAAAGGAAUGACGGGCCAAACCCAAAUCUCUCUAGUACUGUAAAUAUAUAUUCCCACUCAACCCGGUCGAAAGCCUUCACAGCAUCAAGAGAGAUGACGAUCUCUGGCUGUCGAGUUGAGUGGGUAGAAUAAAGAACAUUAAAUAGCUGGCACGUAUUAUAGAAUGAUUGCCUACCUGAGAUAAAUCCAGUUUGGUCAGAGUUAAUUAUAUUAGGCAUCACUGUCUCUAAACGGCACGAGAGGACCUUAGUGAGAAAUGUAUAAUCGCAGCACAAAAGGCUUAUAGGGUGGUAUGAGCCACAGUCUACGGGAUUCUUGUCCUUUUUAAGUAAAACCGAAAUAGUCGCCUGGGUAAGUGUCUGGGGCAGUUUCUGACUAGAAAGGAUUUCAUUGUACAUUGAGCUGAGGAUAGGGGAUAGUUUAGAAGAGAAUGAUUUAUAAAAUUCAAUAGGGAAGCCAUCAGGCCCAGGAGCUUUACCGCUCUGCAUGGACUGGAUUGCCAGUGUAGCUUCAUCAUCACUUAUUGAGGCAUCCCAUGUUAGUUUGUUCAUCUGAAUUGUGACAGGGGGUGUCCAGAUUGUCUAGAAAUGCAUGCAUACGAGCUGUGUCAGGAAGAGCCUCUGACGAGUAAAGAGCAGAGUAGAAUUGCUUAAAUUGAUUGUUGAUUUCUUCGGGAUUGGUAGAAGUUAAAUCAGUUGCAACACAGAUUUCAGGUAUGGUGCUGCUAGCAGCGGAUUGUCGAAGCUGGUGAGAUAACAACUUGCCAGCUUUCUCUCUGUGUUCCUAAAAUGUCUGCAUCGACUUAAACAGAAGCUGCUCCGUUUGUUUAGUGGAAAGAUUGUCAAAUUCCGAUUGGUGUAGCAGUCUCUCUUUGUAGAGUUCAGGAGUCGGAGAAGAGGCAUAUCUGUUGUGUACAUCUAGAAUGAGUUGAGAUAGCUCCGAUAAGCGUUUAGUGUGCUGUUUGUUGUCAUAUGCUGUGUAUGAAAUAAUUUGGCCCCUUCGAUAUGCUUUUAACGACUCCCACACAGCAGAAUGAGACACGCCAGGGGUGCAGUUGAUAUGUAAAAAGACAUCAAUGUGAGUUGAUAUGUAUUUUUUAAAGGCACUACAGGAUAGUAGUAGUAGGUCAAGUCGCCACACGUGUUGUGACGCAGUACUGUCCGGAAAGCGGAUAUCUAGCUGGACAGGGCUAUGGUCUGAGAUAACGAUGCUGUGAUAUUGGCUAUUAGUUACAAAAGGAAGAAUUCUAUUGUCCAGCAGGAAAAAGUCAAUCCUAGAGUAUGAGUACUGUUUAGCAGUGAGAUUGCUCCUCCUCCAUAUGGAUCAGACAAAUUAUAGGAUUCUAGAACUGAGUUGAUUACUGCGCCUGAUUUUGAAAUUACAUUGUUGGGCUUCGGUCUGGAUCUGUCUAGACUUGGAUGUAAUAUACAAUUGAAAUCUCCACCCAGUAUCAAAUAAGGUCGGGAAGUGUAGCAAUGAGGUCAGAGAAAAAUGUUGCAUCAUCCCAAUUAGGACCAUAGAGGUUAGCCAGAACAACCUGUGUGCUAAACAAUUUCCCCAUCACUAUAAUAUAUCUGCCAUUAGUAUCUGAAAUGACUUUGGAGGAGACAAGCAGGGUGCCUUUUCUGAUAAGGAUGGCUGCCCCUCUGCCCCUCUGGCCUUAGCACCAAAGUUGGAGUGAAAUAUUUGGUCUACCCAUCCUCUAUUUACUUUAUCAUGGUCGCUGGACCGGAGAUGGGUCUCUUGGAGAAAAACAAUGUCUGGACUUAAAGACUUAAGAUUAGCAUACACUCGCCUACGCUUGACCACAUGGUUAAUUUAUUUUAAGUUCCAGCUGAUAAAGCAAGAGGAGCCUAGAGUAUGUGAAUUAGGCAUAGUCAUAGUCAUUAGAAAUUAAUGUUAGUACAAUCACAUUGCCAGUGUGCUGAAAGGUCAGAGUAAUAAAAAAUAAUGAAAAUAAAAAACUGCUAAAAACAACAAAAUACCCAGAAGAAAACCUUGGACCGCUAUGCAGGCCUUCCCCCUGUUGGAAGGCUGCAUCUACCUCUCCUAGACUAUAGCAAACCGAAACUCAGUAGAGCUCUAUCCAGGGCUGUCACGAUCGCUGACUGAAGCGGACCAAGGUGCAGCGUGAUAAGCGUACAUUCUUUAUUUAGUACACACACGAACCAAAACAAUAAACCAAACGAUACGUGAAGUCCUAGGUUAUACACAAAACCUUAACGGAACAAGAUCCCACAAAAUACUAGUGCCAAACAGGCUGCCUAAGUAUGGUCCCCAAUCAGAGACAACGAGCUACAGCUGCCUCUGAUUGGGAACCACCCUGGCCAACAUAGAUCAAAACGAACUAGAACCAAAAACAUAGAAAACAAAACAUAGAAAAUCCACACCCUGGCUCAACAUAUAAGAGUCCCCAGAGCCAGGGCGUGACAAGGGCGAACAUAAUCAAGUUUACACAUAGGGAAGGGAUUCUGGAGGGUACCACCUCAGUUCUCCAAUGUAUCUUAGGCAAUAAGCAUAUUUGAAGGAUAAUAAAAAUAUAUAUUAAAAAAAGGAGGUAUCCCUCCUUUUUUGGCAGCAGGGUGGAGGCACGUUUCUAAUCAAGAGAUGAGGACUAGUUGGUCCUUAGUCGCGUUAGCAUGGCUAGUAUAGGGUCAGGGGCAGAGUAUGGGCCUACAAUGACUAGAUAGUCGUAUGUCGCCUGUCGUCCUGUGGAUAUAUGUGCGCGACGAUGUAUUCUUUGGCACUGGUUGGGUCCACAAAUGUCUUCUGCUUGCCAGAGGGAGUAGUGAUCUUCAGCAUUGCUGGGUAGAGAAUGCCGAACUUGGUGUCUAGACAGCAAUGUAGGAGCCCCCUCACCUCGUUGAAGGCUGACCUCUUCUUCAUGACUGCUGCCGUGUAGUCCGGGUAAAUGCCAAUCUUUUGGCCAUCGUGGAUGAUGGAAGCCGCUCGUGAUGCCUUACGGAGGACAUCCUCCUUCUCCUGAAAGUAGUGGAAUUUGACUACAAUGGGUCUGGGUGGCUCCCCAUUCUUCGGUGGGGACUGUAAGCUUCUGUGCACACGGUCAAGGGUGUAGCAGUUUAGCUAUGAACAGGGUAGGCCGCAAUCCACCUACGGUCUUGUGUCCCUCUCUCAUGCCGAAAAUGCGACCGUUCCCCCGGCGCUGUCUGUUCUCGAGGUCCCCGACCUUGGAAGUCAGUUUGACGACAUCUGAUGAUAGCCGGGUGACUUGCUCUUCUAGUGUCACCACUUUGUCAGAGUAAGUAUUUGCGCCACCUUCCAGGCUAUUCAGACGUCCUGUCCUGUUUCGCCAAGUCUUCUUUAACGGAGUCAAUCUUUGUGUUGACCUUGUGGCGAGAGUGGCUAUUUGUGUGGAUAGGUCAGUGGAUAGUGACUCCACCUUAGCCAGCACAGUCUGUUCAGACUUAAUGAUAGCCGCCAUUACCUUAGAUCUGGGGGGAUCAGAGUCCUUGUCAGUGUCUGGUGAGCCCGAGGCUUUAGUAGAGGCCUGCUCUUUUGUGACUUGUGGCCGUUGUUGUUUCGACAUUUUACGAUAGAAAGGACAAAAACGUCCGAAAAAUUGCCUAAUUAGUGAAUUGGGUUUGAUUCCUAAUUAAAUGUUACAAAAUUAACACAGUAGGGGAGGUGUUGGUCAUGUAUUAAUAGUAAAUUGUUCGCCCUGGACAGGACAGGAGCACAGAGAAAACGCGUCUUCACAUGUUGCUGCUCAACAGCGCCAGAGAGAUGAACAACCCACAACUAAACAGAGAUAUGGACAACCCACAGCUAAACAGAGAGAUGGACAACCCACAGCUAAACAGAGAGAUGGACAACCCACAGCUAAACAGAGAGAUGGACAACCCACAGCUAAACAGAGAGAUGGACAACCCACAGCUAAACAGAGAGAUGGACAACCCACAGCUAAACAGAGAGAUGGACAACCCACAGCUAAACAGAGAGAUGGACAACCCACAGCUAAACAGAGAGAUGGACAACACACAGCUAAACAGAGAGAUGGACAACCCACAGCUAAACAGAGAGAUAGACAACCCACAGCUAAACAGAGAGAUGGACAACCCACACGCAGCAGAAAGAAGAGAAAGGGAUGA